GGUACGGUGCUGUAUAACGGCUAACAAAGGCUCGCCUUGACGCGUAUCUGGACUAGAGAAUACGAGCGACGAGUGCGCGACGAGGCAGCGAGGCCGAUACAGACGGGGGGCAUCCUGUGCGAAGUGGGGUUCACGCAGCGUCCUCCACCGCGGCUGAGGGCGCUGCAGCAGGCUGGCGAAGAGCGGUGGGAGGGUGCAGGGCGCAUGAAGCACCAGGCCAGCAAUUGUGGCCAGCAAUUGUGGCCAGCGGAUUCGGCCAGGAUGGCGCCGCAGCCGUGCGGCAACGAUAAGGGUCGAGGGAUGAUGGCAAAUGCUCGUGAAGACCAGCACUCCUGGGCGGCGGGCACCGACAUGCUAGGUACCCCGCCUGCGCCUGCGGACCGAGAGGCGCCACCGGCCGGGGCUCUGUCUGCUGUUCAUCUGAAAGUACACACAUACUGGAUGAUAUCAACACCCCUUCUCCUGCUCCGCCAGCCGGCCGGACGCGCAUGCGGACGCAGCCAUGGGUCCUGCGGCGCUCGAGGCACGCCGAACAGCCAGAUCUCUGCAGGUCCUCAUCUUGAUUGCUGUCGCCGGCCUGCGCUUGGCGGCGGCGGCGGCGGCGGGCGAUGCAGGCAUCAUGCCAAGGCGUGGGGAAAUAAAGCGCCCGGCGACGAGAUGCACGAUGCAGGGAAAUGAUGGUGUGUUUGACAUUGUCCCCGCCAGCCCGCCUCACCGAGCAUCAUCUCUCGCAGAUUGCGCGACGCGGCCGCCUGCAAGAGACAGAUUGCACGCUCAGGACGCGCGCGGGGAGCUCGACAGCUGUUAAUAAAGACGGCGUCGGGCGAUCGACGAGCAUCACGACGUCCAUGUCCGCGGUCCCCACAGGAGAGGCUUGCGG